AUGCACGUCAUCCUUGACAGCGUAGGCGCUAACUUCUUCCUUGGCACCGCUGCUGCCACCUUCACCAGGGAACACGACAUCCUCGUUGAGUUUCUCACCCUCCUCACCGUCUGCUACACCAUCAUCCCCAAGCUCAAGGACGGCAAGAUUCACUACCAGGCCAGCAGCCCUGACAAGGCUGCCCUCAUUGCCGGCGCGGAGCUCCUUGGGCUCUAUGCUACCCACAAGCCCAAGUCUAUCUUCGUUGAUGUCCUCGACGUGUCCCAAGAGUUCCAGAUCCUCAAUGUCUGCAAGUUCAACUCGACCUGCAAGCACAUGUCCACCAUCGACUAUGCCUCUGAUGGCCAUGCCGGCACCAUCAUCUUUGAGCGCCUCAGCAAGGUCCUCGAGGACUAUGUGACCGAGGGCCUGCGCACACUCUGCAUCACUUACUGCAACAUCUCAGAGUCUAAGUACAAGCAGUGGUCCGCCAUCAACGACCAGGCUGCCUCCACCAUCAACGUUUGUGUUGACACCCUCAACAAGGCCACCAAGAUCAUCGAGCACAACAUGUUCCUCCUUAGCGCGACCCGCCCAAUCAUCCCUUCCUCGCUCACCCACCCUGCACAGGUCUGGGUCUUGACCAGUGACAGGCAGGAGACUGUGAUAAACAUCGGCAUGUCCUGUCGCCUAAUCACAGAGUCGAUGAACAUGGCAACCCACUCGCUCUCAUCCUUGUGCGGCCAUGCGACCAGCCUGAUAUAUGCACUCAAAAAGGAGCUGUCCAAGAUGUUCCUCAAACUUGCUGUCAUGUGCAAGGCCAUCAUUUGCUGCCACAUGUCCCCACUCCAAAAGGCGCUUGUUGUCAAGCUCGUCAAGAAGAAUCAAAAGUCGAUCCUCUUGACCAUCAGCAACAGCGCUAACGACAUCAGCAUGAUCCAGGCCGCCCACGUUGGCAUUGGCAUCUCUAGCAUCGAGGGUUUUCAAGUGGCUUGCUCCGCUGACAUCAUCAUCUCGCAGUUUUACUUCCUCAAGAAGCUGCUCUUGGUCCACAGGACCUGGAGCUACCAGUGCCUUUCUGGAUUCAUCAUGUCCUGUUCUCCCUAUUCUUGUCUGACACCCUCGCUACAAUUCUCAUUCUUCAACAACUUUUUGAGCCAGAUUGCAUAUGGGUUUUGGACCCUGUCCUUGUACAACAUCGUCUUCACUGUCCUCCUGCCGCUCGUCAUUGGCGUCUUUGAUCAGUUUGUCUCGGCCCGCAUCCUUCAUCGCUAUUCGUAG